CAUCCGGUCGGAGGCCCGUCUGAUCUGUUGUCAUUUCCCCUUGCUUCAUACUCUGCUGACAGUGUCGGGUUUGAUUAAAAAACAUCACAGUGUGAAAAUCCCGGUUAAUUAGUUGACAGAAUCCGCCGUGUGUGUUUGUGUAGAUCAUGCUGGAGGACUCCAACACACAGCAUCCCUCCAUCAGCGACUGACAGACGCGCUCAGAUCUUCUGAAGCGGUCAUAAGGUGCUGGAGUGCGGCCCUGGGCUUCCUGUUGAGAUCUUCUUCAUCACUUUUAAGCGGUCGUCUGAGGAUGUGUCUGCUUUCUUUAUCAUUCACUGCUCUCCAUGGCUGUUUCAGGUAGGAAGUGCGUAGUGGGACGUCACUGAGGAGUGAUGCCUGUUGAAAGUGGAAACAGCGCAGCCGCCCGUCAAGUCAAACAGAAGCGCAAGUCGCACAGUCUCUCCAUUAGGAGGACCAACAGCACUGAGCAGGACAGGCCAGGCAUGCAGAGAGACAUGCUGGAGGGACAGGACUCCAAGUUGCCGAUGGCCUUAAGGAGUAACUUACUGGACCUCUUUGGACAGAUUGAACGGGAGUUUGAAAAUCUCUACAUUGAAAACUUAGAAUUGCGGAGAGAGAUUGAAUCACUAAACGAACGUUUGGCUGGAGAAGGACAGACUGUUGAUGGCGGUGAUCUGAGCAAAGGAGCCCUGAAAACAAAAGCAAGUCACAGCACAAGUCAACUUUCCCAAAAGCUGAAGACGACAUACAAGGCCUCCACUAGCAAGAUUGUGUCCAGUUUCAAAGCCACCACGUCUCGUGCAGUGUGUCAGCUGGUCAAAGAGUACGUGGGACACCGUGAUGGGAUCUGGGACCUGGCUGUGACUCGGGUUCAGCCGCUGGUUUUGGGCACAGCUUCAGCCGAUCACUGUUCCAUGCUGUGGAGUAUUGAGACUGGGAAGUGCCUGCUAAAAUAUGCCGGUCACGCUGGAUCAGUCAACUCCAUUAAGUUCCACCCCACAGAGCAGAUGGCACUUACAGCGUCCGGGGACCAGACGGCACACAUCUGGCGUUACAUGGUACAGCUGCCGCUUCCUCAGCCCCCGGCAGACAUCAGUGCCUCGCUGGACGAUGACGUGGACUUCUCUGAUAAAGACGAGGCCGACGGCGAGGCAGACGGGCCCAGUGAAUGCCCCACUAUCCGUGUGGCCACCACGACCUUGAAGAGCCACCAGGGGGUGGUGAUAGCAGCUGAUUGGCUGGUGGGAGGAAAACAGGUGGUCACUGCAUCCUGGGAUAGAGCCGCCAACCUCUAUGAUGUAGAAACCUCUGAGCUGGUGCACACCCUCACAGGUAAACAAGCCACCGUGACCCACUGCUGUACUCAUCCCACCCAGCGUCUGGUGGUCACCUCAUCCAGGGACACAACCUUCCGCCUGUGGGACUUCAGAGAUCCCUCCAUCCACUCCGUGAACGUCUUCCAGGGCCACACGGACACCGUGACGUCAGCUGUGUUCACCGUGGGAGACAACGUGGUGUCGGGAAGUGACGAUCGCACCGUCAAGGUGUGGGACUUGAAGAACAUGAGAUCUCCAAUUGCUACCAUCCGCACAGACUCCGCAGUUAAUAGGAUAAGUGUCUCAGCGAACCAAAGAAUCAUCGCUCUGCCACAUGACAACAGGCAGGUCAGGCUGUUCGACAUGAACGGAGUCCGUCUGGCCCGUCUCCCACGGAGCAACAGACAGGGCCAUCGGCGCAUGGUGUGCUGCUCUGCCUGGAACGAGGAGAACCAAGCUUGCAAUCUGUUCACCUGCGGCUUCGACCGCCAGGCCAUCGGCUGGAACAUCAACAUCCCUGCCCUGCUCCAAGAGAAGUGACACUUCAUACGUACACAAGCUUAACACGGCCCAUCCACAUAAUCACAACUCAACACGUUCGUCAGUGCCACACCUGCAGUAGAUUUUAAAGAACACAUUCACGUCGUGUGUAAUAAGACUUAGUAUUUCAUCCCAGUUGGCGUCUACGGUCGCUAUCAUCAUCCCGUCACACCUUCUGACGUGUGUGGAAAACUUAUUUUCAUGGAUAUUCUGCAUAUCGAGGUCAUAUAGUGUGGUGAACUUCCUCCCAGUCUUGUUUUUACAUGUUUGCAUGAAACUGCGACUCGUGAAUCCUGCGAGACCGGGACAUUGCCGAAACGUUCGUUCACGGCCUGCCGCUGUUACACUCAAGUCAUUUUUCACUUUAGUGGUAUUUUUGUUGUGCAGUGUUCUUUGUACAGAUUACUUUUUAUUUUACGAUAGCAUUUUAGAUUUUUUUUUUCCUUUAGUUUUGUAUAGAGUUCUGCUUUGCUUUUUAUAGAGAUGAGAUGUGCAAAAGAAACUUAAAGCACUCUGCCUUUUGUUAGUGGAAAUCGGCAAUCGCAUUUACGGAUCCGCACCUUCUUGAUGUUCUGAUUGCUGUUCAAGCGGCCAAUCAGCUUUUGUCAGUAUUGCCGUAGUCCAUUUGCAUGACAAACCCACCUCUCUUGUUAAAUAUGUGAAGCAAAAUGCUGUAUAAUUGCUGUGUAAUCUUGUUCACCCUAUGAAAACGACAAAAAAAACUACGUAUUGACUGUUUAUGAAGCCCUACGUUUGAUGUUCACUUCCAUUUCAAGGGCUUUUUUAAGUCAUGUAGAAGUAAAUAUUUGAAUCAGAACAAGUUCACGUGUUGCUCACUACUGUAGUUUUUACAUUGAAGAGUUGUUUGCGACAGCGAGUUUUCGAUAUUGUAAUAUUCGUCGAUAAUCAUUAGACCAAAUGUCAAUGCCUGGCUCAGUGUGGUCUGCUGAGGCUUGAAAGGCUUCCUUCUUGUGAUGUGUGAACCACUGUGCUUAGCCGUAUCUACAGAAACCUCGCUUGAAUGACUUGCGACAUUCGUCAAUAAUCCUUAAAUGGAAGCUCUUCCAUCAUUGUUACAAUUGGUAUCGUUACUGCACUACUGGGCUUUCACCAGAACUACUUUGGAGUGUGCUAGAAGUCUUGGUGGAAAGUGUCAGUUCUUUUCACGUAGACAGUCUGUUAAAUCUGUUAGGUCUAACAAAAAGAUGUUUAUUAUGCGAUGUAUGUUUGUGUGAUGUCCAUGUUUAAUGGACUGUAUUUGGCUUUAGUGUUGAAAUGUACGCAAAAGACGCAUCGAAAACGCUCAUCUUUUAUCCAGCUGUCUAACAACAACGCAUAUGACCCAUCAGAACGUCCUGUAAAAAGGAGUCUGAUCACCAACAUUUUAGUUGUCUGUAACUUGAUAGAAUGUUCUGUGGGGUAUUUGAGCCAUUUCACUUUUUUAUUUGAGAGCAACUUAACUCGCUGUAAUGGAGAAACAUAUUGCAUCUUAUAAUAAUGUAGAGAUAUAGCAUCAAAAUCAUUCACUGCUGGGCUUCAGAAUAAAGUGAAGAUGUCUUUCAACGA